UAGACAUGGCGUCCUCCUGGAGACGGCUGGUGUGUUUUCGCUCCGGGGUUUGGAGCCUCAUAUUUUACUCUGUUUACUCUCAUUUAAAGCUCGUUCUGGCGGAGGAAGUGGAUAGCUGCGACAACCUCAGACUGGGACAGUAUCUCUGCAAAGAUCCCAAGAUAGAUGAAUCCACCCAGGAGCCGGAGAGCUGCAGGGACGUGACGGCCUGGGUUGAGUGCCUCCCAGCUCCAAACAUCAGCUGUCGGCUCUCUAACGGGACAGAGUUCAGGUUUAGCGGGAAGGAGGUGGGCUUCAACAAAACCAUCCCCUGCAGAAACGUGAGUGGUUAUUCCUACAAAGUGGCCGUGGCUCUAUCUCUGUUCCUGGGCUGGCUGGGAGCAGACCGCUUCUACCUGGGAUACCCUGCUCUAGGACUGUUGAAGUUCUGCACUGUUGGUUUCUGUGGAAUCGGCACUCUGAUUGACUUCAUCAUGAUCGCCAUGCAGGUGAGUCCCACCCUCCCCCAGCCU